ACCACCUGCAACAGAGUCUUUUUGAGGACCAACGCUGCAUCCAAAGAGCCCACGAAACCGCUUGGCCCGGGUUACCUGCGUUAAUUAGCUGGGUAGGACAGGUUGUGGCUGCCCUCUCCUGGCCCGACGCCUAGGCCGGGCCUCGCGCGGUGACUACCGCGCUGGACCAGAUCCGGCCCGCGUUCCCGCGGCUGCCUACCCAGUCCGGGAUGUUCCACUUUACAAGUCCUGCGAAGAGUCCCAACUUUCUCCUUCCUUUCUAGCUCCGCUUCUCUGAUUUGGGAUUUGCUGCAGCGUCAAGCUAGGAGGUGUACAUCCCCUCACACCCAAAGUGCCUGUCGCCGAAAUAGUACAGAAACCAAACGAAAAUGUCUGAAGAGGAACAGUUUAAUAUUGAGAGUACAGCUGAGGCAGAAGACUACGAGGAGCCUGCUGAAACUGUCAAUGCUCCAGUUCCUUCAGAAAAACUUUCAGAGUCAGGUCUAAGUGAAGAGCAUGAAUCGGAACUAGAAAUCAGUGAGGGCAAUGAGUCACCUGAGGAGCUCAGUGACAUCAGCAUUUUAAGUCUCGAAUUGAAACAGGAAGGAAAACUCCUGGAAGGGGUCGUGCCUUCCAAAAAAUCCUUGCAUUUUCUAGGAUAUGAUACACAGCAGCCCCAUGUGCAGUUAAUCGAACAGAAUUCAAAUGUGGAUACUCUGGCAUUUCUGAAUAAAAUAAAGGCUAUAAAGGAGUCUUUGCAAACGUCAGUGACAGAAUCUUCAGCAACAGUAAAAGUUGUACUUAUUCCUGUGGGCCAGGAAAUUAUAAUGCCUUUUAAAGUUGACACCAUUUUUAAAUACUUCAAGGAUCACUUUUCACACUUAUUAAAAAUCCCACCUUUUGUACUGCAGAUAAGUUAUGCAGGAAUAAUUCUUAAAAAUAAUGAGACUCUUAUACAACAUGGAAUUAAGCCACAGGAAAUUGUACAACUGGAACUCUCAUCUACGAAUCCAGAUCUAUAUCCAAUCAAAAGGAUAGAGGGAUUAAGUGAUGUCUCUCAAAUCAUAACUGUCACCGUACACACUGGCAUUAAUCAAUACCAGGUGGUGGCUGUUGAGAUUAUAAAGUCUGAUUUUCACAAGCCAUUUCUUGGUGGAUUUAGGCAUAAAAUAACAGGAACAGAAUAUCACAAUGCUGGAACCCAAACUGUACCUAAAAAGAUCCCUGAAAAAGUCUCUGCAUUUUCAAGGGACACCCAGACAGUUUCUCAGAGAAAAAAGCUCCAACAAACUACAAAUACAACAUCCACACAAAUGUCUAAAAUUGGUGUGUACGUAUCAAAUAUGACUGAUAAACUGUUAGAACCAGGGGAAUAUUUUUCAGCUGCAGAAUACCAUGCCCGAAGAUUGAAGGCGGUGAUAGUAAUACAGACUCGCUACAGGCAAUGGCAUGCUAAAGUCUUUGUAGAGAAACUAAAAAGACAGAAACAAUUGAGGUUGGAGUGGGAAGCACAGGAGGAACUAAGGAAAAUAAAAGAAAAAGAAGAAUGGUUGCAAAGGGACUAUGACCGGAGGCAUAAUCCUAAAACAGACGAAGACUUUGAGCUUCUUUAUAAUGCACUAGACCUCUGGCAUCAAGAAGAACUUUCUCGGAUUAACCAGUGUCUCACUAGAGCUGAAAGGAAGGCUGCUUUGUGUGAACUUUUGGAAAAAGAGACCCAGAUAAUUGCUUCCAUUGGGAGACACAGACACAUUGCUUGUUUGGAUAGACAGGAAACAGCAAUACAAGCUUUUUUGGAUAAGUGUUCAGCUCCAAAGACAUGGAGAAGAGCUGAUGGCAAAACAAUUGAGAUGGAUACCCAGUUCACCAUCAGAGCCAGAGAACUGCAGAACAUCUAUAAGUGCAUUAUUCUGAAAACGCUCUCUCAAGAUGAGAGACUGGAUAUACUUUUAACACUUAAACACACUGUGAAGGAACAUGAAUGUAAACUGACCCAGGAAAUCCUAGAACUGAUUGACAGAGAAGUUGACCUCAUGAUGAGAGGAGUCAAACCCCAUAACCUUGAAGGACUCAGAAAAAGAAUUGCAACACUCUUUUUUCACUAUAUUAAAAUACCUCUGUUUAAUCCUGAAGUUGCAAGAUACCUGAAGGUCCCUCAAGACCCACUGAAAUUUUACAAGAAGAUUCACUUUUGCCGCAAUUGCCAGCUCUAUUUGCCUUCUACGGAAUUUGCCAUCGCAACCACCUCCCAGCACAUAUACCGGUGUCGCCACUGCACCAGCCUUGAGAAUGAGGCGAAGCAACGGGAAGCAUUUUUGAAGUACAAGUGUUUACUUCAACGGCUCUACGCUUCAGAAGCUGAUUAUGAAGAUAACUCUCAGAUUGCUUUCUUGAUGCAGCUACAGGAUAUUCAGUACCUGAUGGAGAACAUCUGGGCCUCACAGUCAGUUCUCAGUGCCUGGGACGAUAUCAAUGAUCUGGUCAUGGUCAGGUGGAAUAAGUCCCUGGAGUGGUCCCCCUGGAACUGCAUUCUUCUCACCAAAGAUGAAGCAGUUGCUCAUCUCAAACUAACCAGUAUUGAAGAGGGAUAUGAACCUGUAUUUAUCCACAAGAUCAAACACAAACAUAUCCUGGCUAGGAACUACUUUUCUCAUAUUCCAGUGUUGGCCUCAUAUAUACUUGAUCAUGGUGAAAUGAAUGAAAUCAGACGUAAAUAUUACGUAGAUACAUCACCUAAAAUUAUAGAAGCCAAGGGGCCUCAUUCUUAGAAGAUCCAGAAAUAUUUGUUUGAUAAUAAACUUUGGUGUCCGCUGCUAAGAGAGUAAUACAGAAGUCACAUGAUAUGGAAAUGGAAUUUUACCUUUUUAUUAAUUUUAAUUGUUUUUUUUUCAUAGUAUGCUGAAUUGUAUGAAGAAAAAACAUCUCUAUAAAUGUUUCAUUUUUAGGCAGUUAGUAUUAAACUGAACUGUGAUUUUGUUACUGAAAUUAAUAGUUUAAAGAGAACCUUUCAUUUUGAAUUUUUCACACUGUUUUUUUAAAAAAUGUAAAUACUUUAGAGUUAAAAUACAACAUCCAAACAAAAAGUGGGCCUAACGUUUAAUGCAAAUAGUUUACUUUAGAUAAAAUACAAUUGUAGGAGAGUAGUUAGAGAAUUCUCUUUCUUGAAAAUCUUUAUAAGUAGGAUAAAGACCAUAUUUCAACAUAGGAAUUCUUUGUCUUUUAUUAUCCACUUUUAUCUUUUAUAAUCCCAGUAAAUCAACUAGAACUAUUUGUAAACACACAAACAAGAAUCUGCAUUUUAUGUGAGUAAACAAGGCAAACAGUGGAGCUAUUAUCCCAUGAGAAAAAUAACUCCCCUUGGGGUAAUGGUGAGACUCUGGGGAGAGCAGAUAUGAUGGAGUCAGCCCCACAACCCCUUCUCCAGAAAACCAGAAGAAUGACCGGGACCACAUGUUUGUCAGGCUCUCCGAAGAUGUACAGUGGCAGAUCAGUCAGUCUUAGGGAAGAGAUGGCACACUCGAAGGAGCAUCACUGGAGAAGAGGACCUAUUACACGAUGUGGCUGGAAUGUAGGGACACAGUGCCGAAACCCAGUGCCAGUCUGAAAUGCGCAGUAUCUACCCCUUCUCUCAGAGGAACUCCAGAGGGAGGAACCUGGGAACUCGGAAAGAGAGUGCCCACGAAGAAGGCUUUGGAGAGGACCAGUGACAGGCCGUCAAGGGCACAGCCAGCCCUGGUGAUCUCCUGGAGGAAGAAAGAAAUAGCCCACUUCUCACUUCCCUUCCUCCAGUCUGCCUGGGUAUCCCCUGUGCAGAACCCAAGAGGAGAGCAGGAGGAGGAGUGGUCAGCAGUCACAUGACUUCAGGGCAACGAGCACGUGACCAAAGGGAUGGAGUAGAUCUGGAGGGUGGAGAGAAACUAUCAACACAGAGAGGGAACUAAGAACGAAGGUCUGUAGUUCAAACUGCAACAUUUCACUCACAAUUAUAGAAAAAUGUAUAAUUUCCUCCUAAUUCUAAUCAUCAAUUAAUGAGGCUGUUCUUUCAAGUGAAGUGAUCAAGAAUUUCAACCUAAGUAUUUGUUCUGUAUGAACAUUUGAUAACAGUUUAGCAACACAUUUUCUAGAAUGUUUACACAUUUUCUAAGUGAAGUACAUUGCAUCACAAUUGUUAAAGAAAUAAACAUCCAAGAGGAAAGUGAUAUAACACUGUCAUUUUUAUAGACAAUCCAGACAUUCUCGGAACUUUCUAAACAACAUAUCACAGAGGGGGACUAGAUUGGGGACAUUUUUCUAUUUGUUCUAAAUUAUACAUGACAGUAGAAUGCAUUUGACACAUCAUACAUAAAUGGAGUAUGACUUCUCAUUGUUCUGAUUGUAUAUGAUGUAGAAUCACCCCUUUGCCCCCUCCCCUCCCUGCAUUCCCCUCUGUCUAAUCCAAACUGUAACCCCCACCUCGUUGAUUGUGAAUUAACAUCUGCAUAUCAGAGAAAACAUUUGUUCUUUGGUUCUUUGGGAUUGGCUUAUUUCACUUAGCAUGAAAUAGCUCCAUCUAUUUACUGGCAAAUGCCAUAAUAGAUUGGAGACAUUUUGAUCACUGAUAAAAUGGCAACAAUGUACCAGACAUAUGCAAGUUUACACUGGAAUGGUGAGUACCUGGAUUUUCCUAUGGGAGAGUGAGAAUUUCACAACUCUGAGAAGUAAGGGGUGGGAACGUAGUGAGGGGGAAAUAGACAGAUGGGUUAAUAAAGGAUUUAGGAAUUCCCCUAUUGACCCAUGGGUGAAGCUGUUGACAGCAGCACAGGAGCAGAAGACUGGACUAAGACCCAUAGGACUGAACAGGAGAUUUGAGGCCUGAGAGAAAGAUAGAGGCUGGGUGUUUAUUCCCCUGGCUUCUCCUGUCUGUCUGUUUCUUGAUCUGUCAUUGGUGGCUGCUUUUCUCUGCCCAAGACCAUGGCUCCAGCUGGGUGAUCAUCCCUCCCUCUCUUCAACUCUUUUUGGAUUCUGGAAAACAUUCUUUCCCUUUCCUCCUUUAGUUCACAAGUGAGUGUCUUUCUUUUUGUAGUUAGUUUACUUUUUCUUGCUUGUUUCUUUAAAUAGUGUCUUCUCCUCUGUAAACAGUCCUAUUAUUAAAAUGCUUCUCAAAUUAAACAGUCUGAGUGUGCCAACUGGUUCCUGCUAGAUCCUGACCAAAGCAGAAAUGGGUCCCAGGAAACUGAUCUUAAAAUGGAAUCUCAGGCUU